AUGGAUAGCAAGGGUCACGUAGCCAUCAACAUGACGGGCAGCGGGUCGCUCGACGUGGCGCUGGCUCGGGAGGAGGCUCUGCACCGCUUCCGAGACAUCAAUUGGGCCACCUACACGCGUGCUGGUGGCUUUUCGCUGGAGAAGGCGGAAAUCACAGCACUGAUGGAUCUUGAGGGAACCAUCAAGCCUGGCGCUGACGACACGACCAAUGUCAAAGCCGUGGAUGAGUUUAUGAGUGAUGCUGGUCCGUUGGUGGGCAGUGCGCUGCUCAAACUGGUGAAGAAUGUGACAGAGCCGACGGUACUCAAGUACUGUCUAGCCCGCAUGGAAGAGCUGCUACCUGAUGGUCUGCGUCUACACAAGCGUAUGGUUUAUUUCGUCCCGGAAGGUAGUACAGUGGACGCUGCGCCGUUCUUGAGGAUGAUCCGCAACGAUACCGGCUACUUGCAGUAUGCAGCGAGUCACCUGCUUGCACUCUUUCUCACGAUCCGUCCGCGUCAUGAAGAUGCAGAGGCACUUUGCCAAUGGGAGAUUCAGGCGCUGAAGACUGGUGCUCUACCGACAUCGACGAACGACUCAACUCGUGCGAACGUAACACGUGCAGCGGUUGCCUCCCUGAUGGUCCUUUUACGCAACGAGAAGCUUCGUGUGGUAUUUGUCAAGCUGGGUGGCGUACUACCUGUGGUAGACUUGCUCGAGAGCUCGCAGAACCGAGCGCAACUGGCAUAUGAGCUCACGUUCAUCCUGUGGACCUUGGCGUUCUGCGACGAAGCAAUGGAGAAGUUCGUGGCUGCGAAGGCAUUGGAUGCGAUCGUACAGCAAGUGGCCGCAGCACCACGUGAAAAAGUCGUUCGUGUUGCUCUAGAAGCUCUUCAGAACCUUCUUGGCAAGCUCAGUGGGUUCUUUAAUGAACGCAUGAUCGACAGUGGACUGCUGAAGACGCUGAACAACAUGCGGGAGCGAAAGUGGGCGGAUGAAGACAUCGCCAAGGGGAUCCAGGCUAUCCGUGACGUACUUAUCCGCGAGUACAAGGAGUUGAACACAAUGGAACGCUACGAGAAGGAGCUACGCACGGGGACGCUGAACUGGGGUUUGCUGCACACGGACAAGUUUUGGAAGGACAACUUUAUGACAUUUGAGAACAAGGACUUCGAGCUGAUUCGCUUGUUGAUCGACUUGUUGGAGUCGGACGAACCAAAGACGGUGGCAGUGGCUCUGUUCGACUUGGGAGAGUUUGUGCGCUUUUAUCCGAACGGCAAGCACAUUGCCAAGAGACUUGGCGCUAAGAAGAUGACGAUGAAGCUCAUGACGCAUGAGAACGCAGAGGUGCAGAAGCAGGCUCUGCAGUGCAUCUCCAAGAUGAUGGUAAACAAGUGGGAGUUUGUCAAAUGA